AGAGGGAGAAACAGAAACAAAAGAACUCUAUCGGGGCGGGCCUAUCCCUCAAAUCCUCUCUCUCAUUCUCUCUAGGUCAACUACGGAAAGAAGGGUAAAGAGAAAAGCAAAGUGGGGGGAGCAGAGAGUGCAGAGAGAAGAGAGAGGAUUCAUUCACCAAGUCGAUCGAUGGAGAGAGAGAGAGAAGAAGAAGAAUUAUUAAUACUAUAAUGAUGAUUAAGGAUUCCGAUUGGUGAUGUUGGUGGAGGUGGUAGUAGAUUUGAGUUAUAGAGAGAGAGAGAGAGAGAGAGAGAGAGAGAGAGAGAGUAAAGCAGUUGGGUGAUGGUGGUGGUGGUAUCAUCGCGAUCGCGCGUGGUGAGGAGUGUAAGAGUAAUAGCAGUGGUGCUAUCGAUGAUAUUGUCGUACUCAGGUGGUAAUGGUCAGGGUGGAUUUGUUUCACUUGUCGAAGGUGGAAGCAUCAGCAGCAGCGGCGCGAACAAAGCUGCAGGCUUCUUUGGAACUAGUGGUGGCUUCUGGCGGGUAGGGGCGCCUUCGAAUGUCGGAAUUGCUAUCGCAGUGACGGCUAUGGCUGGCCUCGCCUUGGCAGCUACCAUCGUCUACUCCCGUAGGGGUAGUCUUAAAUCACCAUGGUCCCGUAGGAGAAGAAAGCGUGCCCUUUCACCUCAAGUGUGGAAAAGCCUAUUUACACCAGACGGGAAACUCCGUGAUGGUGGUGUGAAGUUUGUAAAAAAAGUUCGGAGUGGAGGUGUUGAUCCGAGCAUCAGGGCAGAGGUUUGGCCAUUUCUUCUAGGAAUCUACAACUUGAACAGUUCCAAGGAAGAAAGAGAUUCCAUCAGAGCUCAGAAAAGAAAGGAGUAUGGGAAACUGCGGAGACAAUGCAAGCGACUGCUAAAGCUCGAUGGCGUUGAGAACUUUAGAUUAAAAGAAACAUGGGGAAGUAGCAGCAAUGGGGAUAGUGGGAGUCUGGUCCAAGACCUUGGAUCUCCUGGUUUAGAAGACAUUGUCAGUGCCAGGGAUUCCCUUUCCACUGAAGGUGGGAGCCCAGAGGACUUGGACUCUGGACACCCUGUUCAUGAUGGAGUCCUUCAAGUUUCCAGUUCACUGGUAGAAGGAAAUGGCUGUAACAGUGAAAUCACGCGAGCAGAUUCUUCUGUUAUCAACACAGAUUCAUCUGACUCAGACUCCUCUGUUGAGGAACCUGAAAGCAUGCAGAAUUUUGAAGAGAUUGAUCCUGACAAUCCCUCCAAGGGGGAUUCUUCCCCUUCCGGUACAGGUUCUUCCAAAGCCCAUACAGCUGAAGAUUUUACCACGUGGCAAAGGAUCAUCCGCCUGGAUGCAGUGCGUGCAAAUUCAGAAUGGGUCAUAUACUCCCCAAACCAGGCCGCAGUUUCGGAAUCUAGGUCACGGCGUUCAGCUGAGGCUGUUGGACUGAAGGACUAUGACCACCUAGAGCCCUGUAGAAUUUUCCAUGCAGCCCGCUUGGUUGCCAUACUUGAAGCCUAUGCACUCUACGAUUCAGAGAUUGGGUACUGCCAGGGAAUGAGUGAUCUACUUUCUCCAAUAAUUGCAGUGAUAGAGGAGGACCAUGAGGCCUUCUGGUGCUUUGUGGGUUUCAUGAAGAAAGCUCGUCACAACUUUAGGCUUGAUGAGGUAGGAAUCAGGAGGCAGCUAAACAUCAUCUCAAAGAUCAUCAAGUGCAAAGACUCCCAUCUCUACAGGCACCUGCAGAAGCUUCAGGCUGAGGACUGCUUUUUCGUUUACAGGAUGGUGGUGGUUCUCUUUAGACGGGAGCUAAGCUUUGAGCAAACAUUGUGCCUGUGGGAGGCGAUGUGGGCAGAUCAGGCAGCAAUAAGAGCUAGGAUUGGCAAGUCUGCAUGGGGGAGGAUUAGACAGCGUGCCCCACCGACUGAUGAUCUGCUAUUAUAUGCCAUUGCAGCCUGUGUAUUGCAGAGGAGGAAGCUAAUUAUAGAGAAGUACAGUAGUAUGGAUGAGAUCUUAAGGGAGUGCAAUAACAUGGCUGGGCAAUUGGAUGUAUGGAAGCUUCUAGAUGAUGCACACGAUUUGGUGGUAACCCUCCAUGACAAAAUAUGAAACCCUCCAAAACGCCUCUUCAUUGAAUGAUUCCUUCCACCCCACGAGUUUGGGGGCUUGGGAAGAAAGGGAGCCUUCCUCAGUCACUCCGACCCGCAUGUUAAGAACAUCCAAAGGUCAUUUCUGUGUUCUCAUGUAAGGGGUUUUUUUUUUUUUUUU